GCCCCAAACCACUACUACUAGUGAAGGCAGCACUUCUGUCGUCUUGUUAUCUUGGGAACCUCCAUCGCCGCGAGACGGAAUGGCGGCGUCGCCCAUGGUGAUCCGAUCUAGGGUUUUAGCCCGCGCCGUCUCCGCCUCCCUCCGCCGCACCCUCGCCGCUCCUCCCUCUCCCCUCCUCGCCGCCUCCUCGCGCCGCGCCUCCUCCCUCCACAGGUUACCCUCGGUGUGCGGGGGCUUGUUGUCCGUGAUGCCGCUCCACAGCGCCGUCGCGUCGGCCAGGCUCCGGUCGGCCAUCUCGCCCGAGUCCCAGAGCUGGGGCAUCGUCCCUCAAGGGAAUUCUAUGCCUUUAUGACAACAUACUUUUCCUGCCCUAGCCAUUGUAACUUGGUUCAGAAGCUUUUUGAAACUAUUGAUGCCUUUUAGCACAAACCAUAGAAGAGCUUACAAGAAGCCAUAAACUGUUUAACCAUUAAAAGGCAUGGCUUUUUUGGGUGCUGCUACAUUCAGUUUCACAUGUCCAUGCUAUUGGUUAUGUUGCCGAUGCUCAUUUUAGACAUGUGCAUUUGAUUUACAUGAUUCUGGAGGAUCCUUGAGCAUCCUUGAGCAAAUGUGAGCAUUUGAUAAGAAUUUUCUUUCAUUUUGAUUGCACCAAUUAGCUCACUGCUGGAAGUGAUAUCAAGAAUUUUGGUGCUUAUGAUCUCUACAUCGCUGUAAGCUGCUAACUUUUAGCGUUAGGAGGCUUGGUAACAAGUGAGAAUGCACUUCAGUAUGCUCUUCUUGACGUGAA